AUGUCUUAUUUAUUACCUCACUUAAAGAAUGGUUGGGAAGUAGAUCAAGCUAUCCUUCAUGAGGAAGAAAGAUUAGUUAUUAUUAGAUUUGGUCAUGAUUGGGACCCUGAAUGCAUGAAAAUGGAUGAAAUCCUCUAUAAAGUAGCUGAUAAGAUAAAAAAUUUUGCUGUAAUUUAUUUAGUUGACAUUACAAAAGUACCUGAUUUUAACACUAUGUAUGAAUUGUAUGAUCCCGUAACUGUUAUGUUCUUUUUCAGAAACAAACAUAUGAUGAUUGAUUUAGGUACAGGUAAUAACAAUAAAAUUAAUUGGGCCAUGAAUAAUAAAUAAGAAUUUAUUGACAUAUGCGAAAUCGUUUAUCGUGGUGCUCGUAAAGGAAAAGGUCUAGUUAUUGCUCCAAAAGAUUAUUCAACUAAAUACAAAUAUUGA